AUGGAUAUAGAUUACGAAAUAAAGCGCCAAAGUCUUGGGAAAAGUUUUUUUUCACAAUGUUUAUUAUUGUGGGUUUUACCAUUUUACAAAAAAAGUUUAAAAGGAGUUAUAGAAUUGACUGAUAUAUAUUCAAGUCCUAAUGAAAUGUCUUCAAAAUAUCUUGGUGAUAAACUGGAAAUGAUUUGGUUGAAACAUUUGGAAUUAUCCAAACGGAAAAAUCAAAAACCCAGUCUCUAUAAAGUGUUGGCAAAGUUGUUUAUUUGGGAAUAUUUUCUCUACGCUUUUUAUGUGUUUUUGGAAGUGGUAAUAUUCAGAUGCCUUUCAGCUAUAAUUUUAUCCAGAUUUAUUGAAUUUUUUAACGACGAACUUGUCGAUGAUAAUUAUCACAAAUACUUAACAGCUACAAUUUACUGGAUACUUAUAUUGUUGUCUGUAGUUUUCUGCGUAUUGUCUCGUUAUAGGUUAGAUUGUUUAGGAUUAAAAGCCAGUAUUGCACUAUCAUCGUUACUUUAUAGAAAGAUGAUAAAAUUAAACCAAAGAUCUGUAGGCAAAACAUCUUCUGGUCAAAUAGUAAACAUACUAUCAAAUGAUCUAAAUAGAGUUGAAUUUUUCCUUAGGUUUUCGUACAAUGUUGUUCUGGCUCCUGUACAUUUAAUUGUAGUAACUUACCUUUCAUGGGAGGAAGUUGGAGUAUCUAGUUUUGCAGGGAUUCUAUUCAUAGUAUUAAUAGCAUUACCUAUACAAGCAUUUAUUGGUACAACAGCAGCCAAAUUUCGUUCUAACGUUGCAAUAAGAUCAGAUAAAAGAAGCAAACUCAUAAACGAAAUAGUUUCAGGUAUUAAAGUAAUAAAAAUGUAUACUUGGGAAAAACCAUUCGAAAUGCUUGUUAGAGCAGUGAGAUGCGAAGAAUUAAAGUACGUGUAUCGGUCAUUUUUGUUCUGUGGAUUGCCGCAUCACAUUCACGCGUUAAUACACAAAUUUUCGGUAUUCUUAAUUUUGCUGUGUUGCUACUUAAUCUCGUUUAAUACCACCACUGCAAAUACAUUCGCCAUAUUGCAGUACAUGAAUUUAUUGAGGUACUCUGUGUUACUUCUAUUUCCCCAAGCCAUUUUAAGUAUUGGAGAGUGCAGAAUCGCUGUUAAAAGAAUAGAAGAUUUUUUGUCGCAAGAAGAAAUAACCGACUUCAUCAAGAAGCAAACUGUUAAUACUGAAGUUUCUUUGAGUAACAUCCAUGCCUUAUGGUCCCCAAAUUCCAUUGUUCUAAAAAUUCCGAAAUUUCACAUUCCCAGCGGAAAAUUCUGCACCAUUGCAGGACCAGUCGGUUCGGGAAAAUCGUCGCUACUUCAAAUAUUGCUAGGAGAACUCAAACCAAUUUCAGGCACAGUUCAAAUAAAUAAAUCCGUCUCGUAUUGUUCCCAAGAACCAUGGUUGUUUUGUUCUUCGGUUAAAAACAACAUUUUAUUUGGACAAGAGUACAAGGAAGAAAAAUACAGGGAAAUCGUAAAUAUAUGCAAUCUAAACAAAGACUUCGACAUAUUCCCUCAUGGCGAUCAAACUUUGGUAGGCGAAAAGGGGGUCAUUCUAAGCGGGGGACAGAAGGGUAGAAUCAAUUUAGCCAGGGCUCUUUACAAAGAAGCACAAGUGUAUUUGUUAGAUGAUCCCUUAUCUGCAGUUGACACACAUGUGGGUAGACACUUGUUUGAUGAAUGUCUUUUAAAGUAUUUGAAGGGAAAAACCAGAAUCCUGAUAACUCACCAGUUGCAGUAUUCCAGGGACGCUGAUAUUGUUUAUGUAAUGAACAAUGGGAGGAUUGAAGCAAGUGGUUCUUUUAAAGAAGUAAGUAAGGGUCAUUUGGAGUUUAGAAGAUGUUUGUCUAAAAUAGAUGAAGAAAAUGAUGAUGGUGAUCAAAAAAUGAAAAAAAUUAAUACUGAACGCAAUAAUCUUAGUAAUGAAAAAUGCAUUAUAGUAAAGGAUCAGGAAAUAAUUCCUAAGGAUAUAAAUUCUUUUAUAGGAUACAUUACAGCUGGAGGAAACACGUUAUUUAUUUUGAUACUAAUUUUGAUAACAUUAUUGGCUCAAAUUUCUUACAACUUGGCUGAUUUCUGGCUUGUACUAUGGAGGAAAAGUAAAAAUUAUAAUACAAAUAUUGAAAUAGUUAAUCUAAACCAAACCAAUGAAAACGUUCCUUUAUACAAAUUGGAAAACACGUUAACAAAAUAUGGAUCAAACUUCAGUACUUACGCAUGGAUUAUGCUUGGUGCUGUUGUUUUAACUAUUUUAAGAAUAAAUGUUAGCAGUAGAUUUAUUUGGAAGGCUUCGUAUACCUUGCACGAGAAAAUGUUUCAUUCCUUACUCAAAGCACCAAUGAGGUUUUUUAAUUACCACCCUAGCGGGAGAAUCCUCAACAGAUUCUCCAAAGAUAUUGGUACUACCGAUCAAUUAUUACCCACUGCUUUUCUGGAAUCCAGUCAGCUGCUUCUGUUUUCUAUCGGGGCACUGAUUCUAAUUUGUCUAACAAGCUACUACGUAAUAAUAUUUGCGGUCAUAUUUUUCGUGUCCAUGGGUCUGUUAUUUUUGGCCAACCUAAAGAUAACCAUGCAAGUCAAACAUCUGGAAGGGAUAACGAAGUCCCCAAUAUUUACUCACAUAAAUUAUUCAUUGACGGGUUUAACCACGAUAAGGGCAAACAAAUCUGAAGAAAAACUUAUUGAGCAGUUUGAUAUACAUCAGGAUACCCAUACAUCAGUCAGCCAUCUUUUAUUAGCAUGUACUCAUGCUUAUACCAUUUGGAUAGAUUGCUUAUGUGUAUUUUUGAACAUAGCUUUACCCUAUGCUUUUAUUUUAAUAAAUCAAUAUGUUUAUCAUGUGGAUGACUCAAACGUUGGUUUAGCUCUAUCGCAAGCCAUAUCUUUUAAUGGUCUACUGCCAUUUGGUUUAAAACGUUGCACUGAAGGUUGCACUUACUUUGCAUCAGUUGCAAGAAUUUUAUCUUACACAAAACUAGAGAAAGAACCACUUGAGAAUUCAAAAGACGUGAGCUUAGCAAAAACAUGGCCUUGUUAUGGAGGAAUCAAAUUUAGAAAUGUGUAUCUAAAAUACAGUGAAAAUGAUGACGCUGUCUUAAAAAAUCUUAACUUUUUUAUCAGUCCAAAUCAAAAGAUCGGAGUAGUUGGUAGGACUGGUGCUGGAAAAUCAUCACUGAUAACAGCCCUAUUUAGACUUGCUGAUGUUGAAGGAACUAUAACGAUUGACAAUGUAAACAUAUCGGAAAUAGGUCUUACGAAUUUGAGGCGGAAAAUAUCCAUCAUCCCACAAGAACCUGUGCUGUUUUCUGAAACCGUUCGGUAUAAUUUGGACCCCUUCCAGGAAUUUACAGAUGAUGAAAUCUGGGGGGUCAUAGAAGAAGUGAAUAUGAAGGGAGCCGUUGUGAGUUUGGAUGAUAUGGUGCUGGAAGGCGGUAGUAAUUUCAGUAUAGGGCAGAAGCAACUUUUGUGUUUAGCAAGAGCUUUGCUAAGGAAAAAUAAAAUACUGGUGCUGGAUGAAGCUACCGCUAAUGUGGAUCUAAGAACUGACGAAUUAAUUCAAAAAACAAUAAAAACUAAAUUUAAUUCUUGCACUGUAUUAACGAUAGCUCAUCGUUUGAAUACGGUUAUGGACUCUGAUAAGGUGAUGGUGAUGGAUGGUGGAGAAUUGGUUGAAUUCGCUCAUCCACACAUUUUGUUGGAUAACGACAAAGGCAUGUUUUACAGUUUAGUUUCAGAGACUGGCGUUUCAAUGAUGCAACAAUUAAAGCAAAUUGCCUACCAUGACUACCACUCUAAAGUAGAAGUUUACAAGUUUUAA